AUGGUGACGAGCAAAGCAUUUACACGAGACUGCACGCGAUUGUUGGUGCAGGCAGCGGGUGAGCUUUUAUGUGUUGUGACACGGGUCAAGGAGCAGCGCGGACGCAACAAAGACGAGGAGGUUCGAAGUGCCGCUGCUGCCGCUCAGGGAAAUGCAGCGACGAAUCCGCACGUCGACGGUCAUAAGAUGGCAGAGCGCGUCGUGCUUCUUCAGCGUCAACCAGAAAUUUGCUUGCUUGCGUGUGUUGGUGAUACCGGAGCUCGUGUGCAGAGAAAAGAAGGGCAUUAG